AUGACCUAUAUACGAGCGGGCGCCCUUGAUGGCUUGAAGCAGUACAAAUACGCUUCGGUUGACAAGUCGUUGACUUCAAAAUAUAUUUUGAAGCCCUUUUAUACGAACUAUGUUAUUAAUCUGUUCCCUAUGUCGAUGGCGCCGAAUCUUAUUACACUGACAGGAUUCUCAUUCGUCGUUGUGAAUUUCUUAACUUUAAUGUGGUACAACCCUACUCUGGACAAGGAUUGUCCUUCCUGGGUGUAUCUCAGCUGGGCCGUAGGGUUGUUCUUAUACCAGACUUUUGACGCUGUUGACGGGACUCAGGCUCGACGAACAAAACAGAGCGGGCCUUUGGGAGAAUUGUUCGAUCAUGGCGUUGAUGCUUGCAACACUGGACUUGGAGUACUUAUUUUUGCUGGUGCAGUGAACCUAGGGCAGAGCUGGGCAACCGUUCUCACCCUUUUCGGUGCUGUCUUUACAUUCUACGUCCAAACAUGGGAGGAAUACCAUACCCAUGUCCUCACACUUGGCAUCGUCUCUGGUCCAGUCGAGGGUAUCCUAUCACUCUGCUUUGUUUUCCUUACUACCGCUCUUCUCGGAGGGGGAAGCUUCUGGCACAAGCCCAUGCUACCAACUCUGGGCAUUCCGCAUUUCCCACUGCUUUCGGAUUCCACUUACAAUCUCUCAUUCACCACUUGGUGGUUGAUCUACGGUGGAGUUGUUCUCCUUUUCAGUACCGUGACCAGUAUCAUGAACGUCCUGGAAGUUGCUGUCGGUGGUAAUAGGCAUAGUGGUGAAGAUAGCAAGUACACCCCACUUUACGGCUUGCUACCUGCAAUUUUACCAUGGACAUUGCUGGUGCCGUACCUAUACAUGCAUCCCGACAUACUGCAUAACCAUCUUGUCCCUGUCGUCCUAUUUGGCGGUAUCCUUAACGCUUACUCAGUUGGGCAGAUGAUCGUUGCUCAUCUGGUAAAGCUUGACUUCCCAUACCACAAUGCGAUCAACUUUCCUCUUGCCGUGGGUGUUAUCGACAGUUUGCUCCCGAAACUUGGACUAUUGGAGAACAGCUUUAUAGGCUCUGGACCGAGCCAAGUCGCCUUCGUCUUUACCUGUCUGGGCCUUGCAGUUGGUAUAUACGGAAGUUUCGUGUUCGAUGUGAUUACCAGCAUAUGUGAUUAUUUGGAUAUCUGGUGCUUGACCAUCAAGUAUCCUUGUGUCGACAAUGCGGAUCCUCUGAAAGCCAAAAACCCUUGA